UUAAUAUUUCUGUAUAUAUUCUUUAAGGCAUUUCAAGUAAAUAAAAUAUGCAUACGUUAUCAUCUUAAUUAUAGUCAAAUUAAACACAAAUCAUGAAAAUUAAUAUAAGGGAUUUCGAAACUCGUACCUAUUCAGUUGAAAUUGAGCCAGUUGAUUCAAUUUUGAUGCUUAAAGAAAAAAUAUUUGAAGUACUUGGUCAUGAGUAUCCUGUCCGUCAAACGCUCAUUUAUGAUGGGAAAAUUAUGAGCGAUCAACAUAUUGUAAAGGAUUACAAUAUAAGUAAGGAUAAGUACGUUUUAGUGCUUCUCAAUGACGAAAUAACAGCUUCUAUAUUAAAGCCCUCAUCAUCAUCAUCAUCGUCAAUAGAUGAAAAUUCUGACUAAACGUGCCAAGAACUAAAUAGAUCAGCGAAUUGAAGCAUAACUAACUGAAUAGGUCUGCAUUUAGUUCGAGCUUUCUUUAGAACAUUUAAUCCAAAUGCCGGUGGAAUUUAUUUAUUUAUAUUUUAUUUCUUUUUAUUA